AUGGCUCCUUCAUUUAGACGGCCACGACCGACGCCACUACUCAUCGUUAUUACAUUGAUCAUUCUCACCGUUCUAUACACCAUCUCAAAACAUCAAUACCAAUUGAAGAAUCUUCUGUCAUAUUCAACAAGGCCUUUGUGGGACAGCAACAGUGGCCCUCAAGAAGUAAUCACACAUUUCUACGGCGAUGGAUUGAAAAUUGACGAACACAUAUGCGACAUUCACGGGUGGUCAACGAGGCCGAGCACGGAAAGCGUCAAGGUAUUGGAUGCGGUGCUCAUGAGCAAUGAACUCGAUUUAUUGGAAAUUCGCAUGCAUGAACUGGAUUCUGUGGUCGAUUACUUCCUCAUUCUCGAAUCGAAUGCGACAUUUACAGGUCUGCCGAAGGAGACGUUCUUUGCAAAUAAUCGAGCCAGAUUCUCGAAAUUUGAAGAUAAGAUUGUGUAUAACUUCCUACCGGGAGCAGCUCUUCGCCCUGGGCAGUCACCUUGGGACGUGGAGGCACACACCCGAAACACUAUGACUAUGCUUAUUAGGUCACAUUUGUCCACCACUGGUCUUCAGAAUACUCCCAAUAUGGUCAUCAUGUCAGACCUGGAUGAAAUUCCUGCUCGUCAUACGGUCGAUCUCCUGAAGAGCUGUGAAUUUGGGCAAUCUAUUCACUUACAAUUGCGGGACUUUCUUUAUAGCUUUGAAUGGUUUAUCGGCUUUACCAGUUGGAGAGCAAGUGUGCACAUGUGGAAUGAUAACAGUUAUUACCGACACUCGAAGAGCGGCGAACGUAUUCUCGCUGACGCAGGCUGGCAUUGUAGCUAUUGCUUUAGGACAAUACCUGAGUAUGCCAUCAAAAUGAAAGGGUUCUCACAUGCAGAUCGCAUUGCUGGUCGCGUCAAUUUGUUAGACCCAAAAAGAAUCCAAGACACUAUUUGCCGAGGAAAAGACAUAUUUGGCAUGCUUCCAGAAGCCUAUAGCUAUGUCGACUUGCUUUCGCAAAUGAGCCUCAAACCUGGAAAAUCCGCAGUGGGACUACCGCGAUACUUAAUUGAAAAGUCGGAAAAUUUCCGCUUUUUAUUACCGGGAGGCUGCAUACGUGAGCAAGGCUCGCCGAGUUGA